AUGGUCGGCCUACAUGAUAAAACGGAUACUUGGGUUACAGGGGAAAAAGAGAUGGAAAAGGUGGCGGUUGAAUAUUUCUCAGAGUUAUUUACCACCACCUCUCCAAAUGAUUUCACGGACUUAUUGGACGGAAUUCCAACAGUGAUCUCGGAAACAGAUAAUGCCUUGCUUACUCGACCAGCGUUAGAGGAGGAGGUGCGGGCUGCAUUGUUCCUGAUGAAUCCUGAGAAAGCUCCGGGGCCAGAUGGGAUGACGGCUUUGUUUUUCCAAAAAUAA